CAAUAGCAUUUCCAUGGAUAAAGAAAAUAGACAGUAGUACGACUUUAGCUUAGCUGCCACCGAUUACUUCUUUAUCAAUGUGAUGCACGCCGUGGACUUUGACACUUAGACUUCAAAUGAAAUUACAGUCUGUUGUUGUCUUAUAAAUAUUAGUCAUUUGUUGUCACCAUCUUCUUCUUCACAGCAACAUUUCAUCCUUUUACAAUCAAACCAAAACACCCAAAAUGGCUGACGGAGUUCUCUCUAACGUUGUCGGAAAUAUCAUUACCAAGCUGGGUUCUCGAGCCCUUGAUGAGAUCGGAUUGUGGUGGGGCGUCAAAGGUGAGCUUAAGAAACUUGACGCCACAGUUUCUAGUAUUCGCAAUGUUCUUCUGGAUGCUGAGGAGCAGCAGAAACUUAACCGUCAAGUGAAAGGCUGGCUUGAGAGGCUAGAAGAAGUUGUUUAUGAUGCUGAUGACUUGAUAGAUGACUUCGCCACUGAAGCUCUAAGGCGCCGAGUGAUGACUGGAAAUAGAAUGACAAAGGAGGUAAGUCUCUUCUUUUCGUCUUCAAAUCAACUUGUUUAUGGUUUUAAAAUGGGUCAUAAAAUUAAGGUGAUUAGGGAGAGUCUAGCUGAUAUUCAAGGUGAUAGAAACUUUAAUUUAGAGGUUCGAACUGAUCAGGAGAGGAUUGUAUGGAGGGAUCAAACUGAGUCCUCUUUACCUGAAGUGGUUAUUGGGAGAGAGGGUGACAAAAAUGCAAUUACAGAACUUGUAUUAUCCAAUAGUGAAGAAAGUGUUUCAAUUCUCUCAAUCGUUGGAAUUGGAGGGUUAGGGAAGACGACUCUUGCUCAAAUCAUAUUCAAUGAUGAACUGAUUAAGAAUUCAUUUGAGCGAAGAAUAUGGGUGUGUGUUUCAGAUCCUUUUAAUGUGAAAAUGAUUGUUAGAAAGAUUCUAGAGUCUGCAACAGAGAAGAAACCAGAAGAUCUUGAGUUAGAAGCACUGAAAUCUCAACUUGGAAGAAUUAUUGAUGGAAAGAAAUAUCUGCUUGUUCUAGAUGAUGUGUGGAAUGAGAAUAGAGAACAAUGGCAGAAUUUAAAGAGAUUAUUAGUAGGUGGCUCUAGUGGAAGUAAGAUAUUAAUAACCACUCGCUCUAAAAAGGUGGCAGAUAUACCUAGCACAAUGGCACCACAUGUUUUGGAAGGGUUGUCUCCGGAUGAGUCUUGGUUUUUGUUUUUGCGUGUAGCACUUGAGGGGCAGGUGCCAAAAAAUGCAAAUGCAAGAGAGAUUGGAGAGGAGAUUUUGAAGAAAUGUUGUGGAGUUCCUCUUGCUAUAAAAACUAUCGCAGGUCUCUUGUAGGCAAAAAGUCCAGAAACUGAGUGGCCGCUCUUUUUAAGAAAUGAACUCUCAAAAAUAAGUCAAGAUGAUAAUGAUAUUAUGCCAACACUGAAGCUAAGUUAUGAUAAUCUCCCAUCACAUUUGAAGUAUUGUUUU